CCCCCUUUCUGGUUUUCCAAACUCUCAAAGGUAGAAUGAGGCCCGGAGAAAGAGUUUCAGAAUCUACGCCACGUCUUCUGCGUCUAAAGAGAAAAAUAAAAAGGUUUUAAAGAAUCAAAGUAGUUUAAGAAAUAUCAAGACACACGAGGAAAGAUAUAGAAACUCUGGCUGYUUGGUUUCAAUUUAUUUAUUUCCUUUUUAAUUUUUAUGGUUCUUCUGUCCUGUUGGCGGGAAAUCGGAAGUUCAGGGACGGCUUGUGGGCUUGGAACGAGCAAUGGCGACAGCCCACUCGCCCGAUGUUUUCAGGGUCUGCAGCGAUUCUUCUCUGGCUUCUGCUGAGUUGAGUUUUCGGGAACUGGACGAUGUGUUCUUGCAGGUUUCAAGUUUCUAAGGUGGUCUGGAAAUUGCUCUUGACAAAGUGUAUUGAGCUAAGAUAUUCAAAGGCAUAUAUAUAUGAACCAAUUGCUUAUGGUAAGGGAAGAAGGAGGUAUACACAUUAUUCCAAAGUCGACUCAUUUUUGAAGAUCUGCCAAAUUUUAGGACUGACUAGUAUUGAUCUCUUCUCCCCAUCGGAUGUUGUUGAGAAAAGAGAUACACGUAGAGUUUGUUUGUGUAUUCGUUCUCUCUCAAAGAAGGCAAGGUCUAAAAAUUUAAAUGUUCCAGAUUUUGAUAUUGUUACCUAUACAAUAGCAAUGCCUACAGAUAUGGUUGGAUUCAUCCGUAGAAGUUUGGAGCAAUCACAGUGUAGCUCAUCAAGUUUUGUUCGUCGGAGUCCACACUUGGACUCAACCAUAAAUCACAGGCAGAAAAACUGGGGUGUGGACUACAUCAGGCAGUGUGAUUCUUAUUCAGAAGAUUCCGAUGAUGCAGAAAGCAAUUUUAGGGAAUUUGUUGUCCACAGCCCAGACUCAGAAGCUCUAUGUGACAGUGCAUCCCUGUUGAUUCCUAGUUUAGAGAAUUCUCCUAGAGGAAGUUCAGUGAUUGCAGAAAACUGUAUUUUGUCAGGAGCUGACCACAGAGCUAAAAUCAGUUACUGUGGAUUCAAUAAAGGAGGGAAGGACAGAACAAUUACUAUUUACAGGGAUGCAUCUUUUAAUGAAUCAACCUCAGUUCCAAGGUUGGGGUGUGGGUUUGGAAGGGGAUUAUCUGAUGAGAUUGAAAAUGCUGAUUUGUCCCCUACAAUCUGUGUGAAAUGUUUUCCAAGUAAUGUGGAGGACACAGAUUUCAAAGCACAGUUUGAUGCAAAAGAUGGUUGCAAAAUCCCAUUCUUUGAGCAUCAGAAUCUGGAAAUUGAUCACGUGAACAAGAGUUCUAUGAGUGGGCAUGAAUCUUGGGACACAAUUGAACAUCAUGUUCUUGUAGAUGAUUUAACACUAAGUUCUGAUAGAGCCCUAGUUUCUGUUGCCUCUGAAUGUUUUGGUUCAUCCACCAAAAGUUGCACACAAAUCCCAGACCAGCAAUUAUACUUUCAUUCUGGAGAUGAACAUUAUGUUUCAUUCCAUGAUCACAUUGUAAGCAUGUCUCACACUGAUUUGGAUGUUGUUGAAGUUAACACCUUUGAACUGCUAGCUAAUAGUAAUGACUGCCUAAAUGAUAAAGGAACUUUGAGAAAUGCUUGCAGGGUCCAACUCAAUGGGUUACUGUCAGGUCAAUCUAAUGCUCCCAGUAGUGCUCAGAUCAAAUGGACUGAUGAACUCAGGUGUUCACUGGUAAAGAUAUCAAAUGGAACCCACAGUUUUAGUGAUUCUUCCAAACCUGUGCCAUCACAUAGUGUAUAUCCUAAUAAAGCUUCAGCUGAGGCUCUAAGGCUUAAUGAUGCAAACUUAAUAACUUUUGAUGCAAUGAACGAGGUAUCCAGUUCCACCAUAAAGGAAACAGGUGUGGAUACAAUGAAUAACUUGAUGAAUUAUCUAUCAACAUCUUACUUUCAUAAUAGUACAGGAGUCACAUGUAAAGUGUUGAAUGAAGAAACAAUAGCAGCAAGAUGGAAUGAAAUGAACAGAACUCCAGUGCUCCUUGGUUGUGCUAAUAGUGGUGAUUUGCAAUAUCCUAACACUGUUGAUUAUUCCUACUUCAAUGGGGUUAUGAACCACAACAGUUUUAGUGCUUCUUCCAAACCUGUGCCUUCACAUAAUGUGUAUCCUAAUAGAAGUUCAGCUGAGGAUCUAAGGCUUAAUGAUGCAGAUUUCAUAUCUUCUGAUGCAAUCAAUGUGGUAUCCAUCUCCACCUUAAAGGAACCGGGUGUGGAUACAAUGAACUUGAUCAAUUAUUUUUCAACAGCUUACUUUCAUAAUAGUGCGGAAGUCGCAUGUAAAGAGUUAAAUGCAGAAACAAUAGCAGCUAGAGGGAAUGAAAAAAGCAGAACUUCUAUUCCCCUUGGUGGUGCUAAUGGUGGUGAUUUGCAACAUCCUAACAGUGUUAAUUAUUUCUACUGCAAUGGGGUUGAGACCUAUGACACUGAAGGACACCCAGAAGCUGGCAUUGUUAUAAUUAGAGAGGAAUGUCCUGAACACUUGCUUGCAGGAGAUGGUUUGAACUAUUUCUUAAAGCAGAGUACUGGAGAGGGUCUGGGCUGCAAAAGCACCUCAGCGUCAAGGACUGUCUUGAAUAGCUUCUCCUCAGGUUUGAAAAGAGCAGAAAGUUUCGUGGGUUUUAUAACAUACUUGAGUUUAGAACCAUCUCAUUAUCCUCAAGUAAAUUUACCAAGCAUUGUUGAUGGAGGAACCGACGUACAAGAAAUGCCCAAUGCAUAUAAGGCAUUAAUCAGCCAUUCACAGCAUUGCCACAGAAACCCCUUGUUAGCUGAUAUUUCAGUUCAAAGUCUGGUGAUGCUCCAAACAGGUCUUGAUGCCUUAGAAGGAAAAAACAUCCCAUCGAAGUCCGGUGAUUCUCCUUUUGAAUUUAGUAAGUCAUGCUUCUACCUUCAGACUAAAGAAAUUCAAGAUAGCAGUGACCAAGAUACAUGCAGAGUCAAUAUCAUUAAUGUUGGUGAACCUUCUUUCCAUAAAAAUGGCGUUGUUCCUGUGACCCUCUGCAUUCCAUCAUCAGAGAAGUUACAAUACUCAACACCUUCAUGUUCAGGAAAUAUUGAUGAGAGUCAGAAUGAUCAGCUUCUUAUAAGAAACGACUUGCAAGUAGUUGAUCCAACAUGUACAAAUGAAGAAAAUGGUGCUUAUUUUACAGAAAUUCAGGAUAUUCAAGAUAGCAGUGACCAAGAUACAUGUAGAACCAAUAUCAUUGGUGUUGAUAAACCUUCUUUCCAUAAAAAUGGUGUUGAUCCUGUGACCCUCUGCAUUCCAUCAACAGAAAAGUUGCAAUACUCAACACCUUCAUGUUCAAGAAAUAUUGAUGAAAGUCAGAGUGAUCAACUUCUUAUAAACAAUGACUUGCAAGUAGUUGAUCAAACAUGUAAAAAUCAAGAAAAUGAUGCUUAUUUUACAGAAAUUCAGGAUAUUCAAGAUAGCAGUGACCAAGAUACAUGCAGAGCCAAUAUCAUUGAUGUUGAUGAACCUUCUUUCAAUGAAAAUGAUGUUUCUGUGACCCUCUGCAUUCCAUCAUCACAAAAGUUGCAAUACUCAACACCUUCAUGUUCAGGAAAUAUUGAUGAAAGUCAGAAUGAUCAGCUUCUUAUAAGCAAUGACUUGCAAGUAGUUGAUCAAACAUGUACAAAUCAAGAAAUUGAUGCUUAUUUUACAAAAAUAAUAGAUAAGGACAAAGCAUUAUAUGGAAUAUUGGACAUGAAAGCAACAGAGAAUUUAGAAAGGGGAGUGGAUGAAGCAAGUGCAGUAAGAGCAAAGAACAAGAAGCUGAACAAGAAAUUAAUGCUAAGAUCCGUUGCUGGUGGGAUUACGCUCUUCGGUGCACUGUUCCUCCUACUUCACAGCAGGAGGAAAAACAGUAGGGAUAAAUUUGACGAAACAAGUUUACCGUCUACACAAAUACAGAAGACAAGUUGUAGGGAGGUUUUAAAGCAAAAGCAACAACAAAGAACUGGGGUCAAUGGGGUUUAUCCUGGGGAAAAGCUAAAGAUUUAGGUGGUAUGUAUAAACAGGAGUAUGGUCACAUGUUCAUAAUUUAGUUGGGGGAAAUUUAGUACAUAUGCAAUCAAUUAAUUGGAACUACCAGAUCCAAGGUGGUGGUACUAGAUCGUGCUGCAGCAUCAACUUAGUUCUGGGGCUACUGAGACGAUCAUGCGGAGUUCUCCUUGAUGUAUUUCAUUCCAAAGGUUGAUACUUCUGCAUAUAAUUUUUGUAGUUUACAAGAAAAUUAUAUUAACUAUAUACCAUAUACAAGAUAACAUACCUUCUCCAAUAGUUGUAUCAA